UUUACCUCCCAUCCGGCAGGUGGCGCUGUCGCGCCGUCGUCUUCGUCGCAAUGACCCGAUGCGAGUUUCCGGUCGGACUGCGUGAACGGACCGGGUUCGUUCAGGAUGGCGUGGAGGAGCUGCUCCGCUCUCUGGAGGCUGACCGGAGGGGGAGGCAGGUGGCCUCACAGCCUCCAGCAAAGGUGCGGCUUCAAAAAAGCCUCCAAGAAACCGGAAAGCAGGAAGGCGGAGGAGGAGCUCAGCCCCGCCCACACCGAGCCCCCUGAGGCCGCAGUUCAGCGCCGGACGCCCCCGCCUCAUUGGGAGCAGCAGGCUCCGCCCAGCCCUCCGCGGGCCUUCGGCCGGCUGGUCAGGCCCUUCCUCUUCACGGUGGGGUUUACAGGCUGCUCCUUCGGCGCGGCGGCCGUCUGGCAGUACGAGUCUCUGAAGUCCCGAGUCCAGGGCUACUUCGACGAGAUCCGAACCGACUGGCUGGAUAAAGUCCGCCCUCAGAAACGGGGCGACCUCCGCAAAGAGGUUAACCACUGGUGGAACAGCUUAAGUGAAGGCCAGAGGACCGUCACAGGAAUCAUCGCCGUCAACGCCGCCGUCUUCCUGUGCUGGCGAGUCCCAUCCCUGCAGCGCUCCAUGGUCAAGUACUUCACCUCCAACCCCGCCUCCAAGACCCUCUGCUCCCCGAUGCUCCUCUCCACCUUCAGCCACUUCUCCUUCUUCCACAUGGCUGCCAACAUGUACGUCCUCUGGAGCUUCUCCAGCAGCGCCGUCUCCAUGCUGGGCCGGGAGCAGUUCAUGGCCGUCUACCUGUCUGCAGGUGUCGUCUCCUCCUUCGUCAGCUACGUGGGUAAGAUGGCCACAGGGAGGUUCGGCCCGUCUCUGGGAGCGUCUGGAGCCAUCAUGACCAUCCUGGCUGUUGUUUGCACCAAAAUGCCUGAGGCUAAGCUAGCCAUCAUCUUCCUCCCCAUGUUCACCUUCACCGCUGCCAAUGCUCUGAAGGCCAUCGUUGCCAUGGAUACGGCCGGGUUGGUGCUGGGAUGGAAGUUCUUCGACCACGCUGCUCAUUUAGGAGGAGCCUUGUUUGGAAUCUGGUACAUCCUGUUUGGUCAUGAACUCAUCUGGAAGAACCGAGAACCUUUUGUGAAACUUUGGCACGAUCUGAGGACGCGAGGAGGAGGAGGAGGAGCAGGUGGAGGAGCCGUGUAGACGCUGUGAACACCGGACUGUCGGUUCUGAAUGAAGGCGUAACGCCGAAAAAACUGUUUAGGAUCCUGGUGGAAGAUCACGGACUCGUCUGUGUUUGCACUAGAACAAACUCUGGAUGUUCUCCUGAAUGUGGCUCUUCCUCGUCAGUUGAGUUCUGGUUUGACCAAAGAAUGGAUCCGUCUCAGAGCUCCACCUCCUCAGCCCACCUAUUUAUGACUGUUGGUUGUCUUUCAAAAUAAAAGCUGAAAAGGAU